CCAGAGUCACAGCCGCGCGGGGCUGACAGCAUUGACUCUGUCCAGGGCUGAUCUGUAGGGUAGAUGACAAAAUGUAAACAAUCCCUCAGGUCCUAUGACCGAUCACGCGGCGUUUCCUCUGUGACAGUUCGACCAGCGCAAGAUGAACCGUGUGUGUGUUUUUCCCGAAGCCUGGGAAGGAUAUAGCGACGACAAAGGGAGGGUCUGACUGUAGUCUUCUGAUAACGAUGACGGACUUUUAACAACGCGAACGACAGGCAGGCACAUUUGGUGUUGUGACUCGGGAACAAGGUGACAAGAUUGACAAGUGGAGGAACGGUUUCGGAACAAGGGAUAAACACCAGGAAAACUUUGAAAGGAGUAUAAUCACAUUUGUAUAUCACAUUUCGGCUUGAAUCAUGACAGGCCAGGACCCCGCACACCCGAGAUACUCGCCACACCAGUUUGUCGUUCAGAGACCGAAGAAAUCAUUGGUGGAAGCAUACAUCCUUGCACUAGUGUUGGGCUUGCUGGGAGCGCAUCACUUCUACCUACGGAGGCCUGGGUUCGGUCUAGUGUACUUCUUCACGUUCGGGUUGUUGGGGGUGGGGUAUGUGGUGGAUCUGUUCCGGCUGCCGUGCCUGGUGAAGGAGGCCAACAGGAGGAGUGAAGACCCCCAUCACGUGCCUGACAAGACCCUGUGUGACGCCUAUGUUCUUUGGUUUCCUAUGGGACUUCUUGGCUUCCAUUUGUUCUACCUGGGCAAGCCGGGCCAGGGUGUUCUAUAUCUCCUCACCUUCGGUCUCUGUGGCAUUGGCUUCCUGGUAGAUCUGUUCCGCAUCCCCUCCCUCGUGAAGGCGGCCAACCAGUGUCCACGCGAGCCAGAACCCUGCAAGAGCACCUGCACAGCCUACAUCCUAGGUGCAUCCCCCUUAGGCAUCCUUGGCCUUCAUCACUUCUACCUGGACAGGCCCGUAUGGGGGAUACUGUACACCUUCACCUUCGGCCUGAUGGGAGUGGGUUGGAUAUAUGACUGGUUCCGCAUCCCCGUCCUCGUCAAACGCGCAAACGCUAUCCAAACAAUGGAAGAAGACAAGGAAUGGAAACACCUGGAUGAUGUCUAUAUACUGUGGUUCCCCUUCGGGUGGCUGGGUCUCCACCAUUUCUACCUGAACAGACCAGGAUGGGGCGCCUUGUACUUCUUUACGUUUGGAGUGUUAGGCGUUGGGUGGUUGGUGGACUUCUGUCGACUGCCAUGUUUGGUGAGGGAUCACAACAAGUAUUUAUCUGAACGACGUCUCAUCGCCAAAACUACCCAGCCAUGGUCUGGUGGUCACGUCUCCAUCACCUCCACAGGGCAGACUUUUGUCACAGUAUCUAACAUGGCGCCCGGAAGUGUGAUGACAAUGCCUGCUGGUGGAGCAGCCCCGCCCCCUGGUGCAGCCCAACCCCCUGGAGCAGCCGCGCCCCCUGGUGGCAUGAUGCCACCUCCCUACAGCUACCAGAACAUGACAACCUAUCCACCUCAAGGCUAUGUGGGGGUGUCUGCGGGGUAUCCCCAAGGAUCAGGCUACCCGAACCAGGGUUUCUAUCCCGAUCUGCCGGACGCUAAUGCAGGACAGACCGCUCCUCCAAUGCCGCCGUCAUAUGAGGAGUCGCUGACAACUACAGCUAAGCUCGGCCCACCACCCGAUGUCAGCAACAAUCUCCGUACAGAAAAGAAGUGAGAAGAACGUUUUCAAUCUGAGUGCCAAUACCUGGAAUACUGAACCUACCCAACAAGUUGUGAUGAUGAACGUGAGAGUUAUAUUUGAACAAAACAGUCAUGGAUCAACAGACCAAUGAAUCAUAGUCUUGGAUAACAAACAUUUUGGUGAUUUGUGUCAAGGAUGUAUAAGUUUCUGAAUUAUUAUUAUUGGAUAUUUUGGUUCAAAAUCUGAUGAAUCAUCAUACCUGUAUUUACGAUACCUGAUAUGGUGUUAAGCCAGCUGUUUAUCAAGAACUGUGCACAACUUGUAUGUUUCAAUCUGAGUGGCAGUGUUGCAGACUAUUGGAGCAAAACAGUCGUGAAUGAACGGACCAAUGAAUCAUUGUCUUGGAUAACACACAUUUUGGUAAUUUGUAUCAACGAUGUAUAAGGUGCUGUGAAUUAAUAUUAUUGGUGUCUUGGUUCCAAACCUGAUGUAUCAUAAGGCCUGUAUGUGCGAUACAUGAUAUGGGUGUUAAACCAGUUAUUUAUCAGAACUGUACACAACUUCUAUGUUUGCCUUGUCAGACAAGGCUUUGAGAGGCGGGUCCUUUCAUUUCCAUUGUUUUCAUCAAGCGGACGUCACCACUCAUCAACGGUGCGUCAUAUUUCGAAACGUCAUAAUGACGUCAUGCAUGACAUCUCUCUAUUCAUUGUUUUCAUUUUGUAUUGCUGAAAUGGAUGUUUUGUAAAUAAAUAAUGAACAUGUAGGUUUGUCUUAAUAUUAUCCCACAGUAUGAUCGUGCCCUGAGAGUAUGGACAACAGAGUGAAUGCUCUGUGUGGUUUUAAUGGUUCAUGUGAAUCAGAGAGGGUUAUGAUGUAUUACAGGAAGUUUUUCACAUUCUCUACGCCGAUACACUUAGUGGACGGCAUACACGUCAUAUCAUAUAGUAUUGCUGUUGCGUACACGUUUUUUGAAAAUAAAUCACAAAUGUGA